AUGUAUUGUGUGUCACCAUAUAGGAACGCCACAUCUGCGAUGGAAAACGUGACACUGGCCACAAACAAUUCAGAAUGUUCCUUCCCUGAAAGUUUAUCCAGGAGGAGGUCGUUUCUGUUUUUCUACCUGGCCGUCAUCAUCACUGCCAUCCCUUCCAACGCUUUCUUCCUGUACGUGUCCUGGCAGCACAUCAGACAGAAGAACGGCCUCGGUGUGUAUCUAUUCAAUCUGGCCCUGAGCGACCUGACAUUCACUAUCGGCCUUUCCCUGUGGCUGGACUUCCUGUGGAAAGGAGUCUGGGUGCACGGGGGCUACGUUUGUGUGCUAUCCGUCUAUUCCCUCUUCACUAACUUCUACACCAGCGACGUGCUCCUCUGCUGCAUCGCUGUUGACCGCUACCUGGCAGUUGUUCACCCACUCAAGUACACUUUCCUGAGGAAAGUCGGCACCGCGGCAGCGGUCAGCGCGGCCAUUUGGGUCUCGGUGCUCUCCUUCAACGCCAGCACCAUCACAUGGGAGGACUCGUACCACGAGGACGACAAGUUGUCAGUGUGCUUUGACGUCUUCCUCCCCAUGUCGGAUAACUUGGCUCGGGCUAAUGUGGCACGCUUCGUCCUGGGCUUCAUGGUUCCCUUUGUCGUUGGGGUAUUUUCCACCUGGGGGAUCAGCGAGGCGGUGAAAUCCAACCAGGCCACAGAGGAACAGGAACGUAAACGGAUUUCGAAGGUGCUGACAGUAGUUCUGCUCUGCCUUUUGUUCUUCUUCGGACCCAUCCACGUCAUGAUGCUCCUUCUCACGGCAGUGGAUGACUGCAGGUCUCUCGCAUGGCUCUUUUAUCCAUACAAAAUCAGCACUGCUAUCUCGAGCCUCAACUGCCUUGCAGACCCGCUCGUCUACUGCUUCAUUACCAGAACGGGGAGGGAGAAUGUCAACCAAGUUGUUCUCUUCUUUCAGAUAAAGAUGAAGCGCAGAGAUGAAAAUGCAGUGUAGAUUCACAUAAAGAACACAUAAAGAGAGAGGGUGCGCUGGGUACUACAAGGUUGGUGAUUCAAGUCCCGGCUGCCCCAUGUCCUUGAGCAAGACACCUAACCCCUAAUUGCUCCCUGGGCAAA